UAUGAAUCUCUCGCAUGAAUCUUUCCAUGCGGGCCAGAGUUUAACGACGCAGGGAAGGUAUUGCCCAGACCUUCAUUAUUUUUUUUCCCACCGAGAUUCCUAUCGUUUUCUGCAUUGCGUUCGCCUUCGCAUCCGGAAAAUCCCGUUUCCCUUUCCACUUGCCUGCGCAAUGCACAGAAGACAUGGCUGCUCCAGCGGUCGAUGAAGACGCCCCCCAGUCGCAAGGAGGACGAGGAGUCGGCUGCGGCAGCAGCAGCAACAGGGGAGAAGAAGAACAUGCAGCCGAGUUGGCGUGCUCCACCGCUCCGCAGGCGUUGCACUCAUGGCGGCUCGGCCUCGUCGUCACGUCGCUAUGUCUCGGCGUGGUGCUGUACGGGCUAGACAUGAACAUCAUCGGUGUCGCAACGCCCGUUAUCACGACCGAAUUCCACUCCCUCGAGGACAUCGCGUGGUAUGGGGCUGCGUAUCUGCUGGCCAUCACCGCGUUCCAGCCGUUUUUUGGGAACAUGUGUAAGUAUUUUGAGGCGAGGUGGGUGUUUUUGGCGGCCAUUGGGCUGUUCGAAGUUGGUUCGAUUAUUUGCGCGACGGCGAAGACGUCUGCGGUGCUGAUUUUCGGGCGCGCGUUCUUGGGCUUUGGGGCGUCGGGCUUGCUUCAGGGCGCGCUGGCGAUUGUGUCGUUUGUCGUUGCGCUGGAGAAGGUGCCGGCAUACCAGAGCAUUGUGGCUGCUGCGGCGGCGAUUGGUGCUUGUGCAGGGCCUGUUAUUGGCGGUGGGUUGACUGAUCAUGUAGGCUGGAGGUGGUGCUUCUGGAUCAAUGUACCUAUCGGCGGCCUGGCAGUUGCUAUUAUCCUCGUCUUUUGCAAUAUCUCUUACGAUUCGAAUGAGGAGAAUCUAUGCCUUCCGCUCAAGAAGAAGCUCAAACAUCUCGACUUCAUCGGCACGGUACUAUUCCUCGGCUCCAUUGUCUCACUGCUGCUCGUCCUGCAAUGGGGCGGUGAGAGCAUUUCUUGGGGCAGCUCGACUUCCAUCGGGCUAUUCGUUUGCUUUGGGGUCUUGAUGAUCCUGUUUAUCCUUCUCCAGUGGAGAUUAGGAGAGUAUGCGACGAUACCUUUCCGCGUUGUUCGUGUGCGGUCCAUCUAUAUGGGCGCCAUGGUGCUGUUCACGCUCGGCAUCGCGAGCAUAUCGCUUGCCUACUACCUCCCCCUCUACUUCCAGGCCACGCAAGGCGUCUCCGCGACAAAGAGCGGCGUUAACAUGCUCGCCUAUGUCGUUCCGACCAUCGUCGCAAUUGGCCUCACAGGGGCCAUCGUGUCGAAGUACGGACACUACGUGCCGUACAUGGUCGUCGGCAUUGCCAUCGCCAGCAUCGCAGCCGGCUUCCUCACCCAGCUCGACGCCCACACGCCCGCCGUGAAAUGGGCCGCCCUCAUCGUGGUCCACCGCAUGGGCAUGGGCAUGGCGCAGCAGCUCCCCUACACGGCUCUCCAAUCUGCUCUCGAACCAUCCGACACCGCAACCGGAAACGCCAUCGCCAUCUUCUCCUGGCAGCUAGGGGGCUCGAUCGCCGUCUCCGUCGGCCAGAACCUGCUCCUUAACUCGCUCCGCAGCAACAUCCCAAAGCAUACGGCCGCCGUUUCCGUCCAGCAAGUCAUCGACGCCGGCGCCGGCGGGCUCAAAGCCCUCGCACCGAAUACGCUCGUGCUGCGGCAGCUGCGAAAAGCGUAUGCGGAGUCGCUGAAGGGGACCUAUGUUCUUGCGCUGGUAGGGACGUGUCUUGCGCUGCCGUUUGCGGUGGGGAUGCAGUGGCUAAAUAUCAAGAGGGUGGCGGAGGAGAGAAGGGGAGAGGCGGACAGGGGAAAGGGGGAGAGUGCGCAGGCGUUAAAGGGGGAGGUGGAGCUUGUGAGUAAGGAGGCGGGCGGGAGUAGGAGUGGAAGAGGUAGUCCUGCGUGAAGUAUAGAUCUUU